AAAAUAUGCAAAACAAAAACGAAAGCAAAUGUCAAAUAUGUGGGGACAACUCAUGUAGCUAUCAUUUCGAUGCCAUGACCUGUAGUUCUUGUAAAGCAUUUUUCAGGAGGAAUGCCCUCAUCAAAGUGGAUCAAUUCAAGUGCUAUUUGGGCGUCGGCAUGAGAACCGUGAGUAAAAAUAUAUAA